CAUCAUCGACCAUUCCCUUUUAUCGAGCAUCGAACAUAGCAAAAGUACCGAUUUCAAUUUCAGAUUUCGGUUCGCCAAUAUUCACACGACCGGCACAUAAGAAGUCAAUUUGCUGGUUGGAGUAUUUCGAGGCAGAAGGAAGGCAGGGGAAAGAAAGGGCAGCUUCACACCCGUUUGAAUACCGCCACCGGAACCAAUUCGAGAUGGCUGCUCGACCGACAACACCAAUGUCCCCCAAGACCGCCAAGGUCAAGUCGCCGGUCCCUGGAACACCCGUUUUCGGAUGCGAGCACAUCCAGCGACUCUUCACACAGUCCCAAGAGGGCAUUACCCAGUCUGUUCACCACUACAAGAUGAUCCUGAAGAACAUCUUUGAACAGACACCUAUUGUGCCACAGACGUCCAAGAACUCGGAUGGUCAGGUCAUGACCUCUCUCACGUCCAACUACCUCUGUCUGCAGUGCUCGACCAUCGUCAACGACGAGGACCGCCUAAAGCAUGGCACAAAGAAGCAGCACCGCUUCUACGUCGAUUCGCGAAGCGGCGCGCUCUACUGCCAGAUCUGUGACGAUCUGGUCUGGGACCCCACACUGGAAGAGCUUCGAGUGCGCAAGAUGGGAACCGGAACAUUCUCAAGUCGCAAGAGAAAACAUGACGAGAUGUUCUCUGAUGGCGUCAAGGACAGCGCUGCGAACAACCCGGGCUUCAUCUCAAACAACACCACCACCGCCUCUUGCAAAGCAAACGGUCUGCGUGGAAUCUACAAUGCUGGAGCAACUUGCUACCAGAACGUGGUUUUGCAGAGCUUUCUCCACAACCCCUUGCUACGCAACUUCUACCUUAGCGAUGGCCACCAGAGUACCGACUGUUCGCUGACCAAUUGUCUGAGCUGCGCCAUGGAUGACAUGUUCCAGGACUUUUACGCCGUUGAGAAUACUAAUGGAUUCACGGCUGCGAGUAUUCUCUCUGGGUUCUGGAUAUCAGAGAAGAAGGCAUUUGAGAACCUCGUCACUACCAAGGAGCAGGAUGCUCAUGAGUUCUUCCAGUUUCUCGCAGAGGAACUCCACGAACGCAACGGGGACGGCAAGAGACCAGAAACUGGUAGCGAGCAUACGUGCAAUUGCAUCAUUCACCAAACUUUCUACGGCAAGCUGCAGAGCUCUACGACCUGCCAGAAUUGCGGAGGCGUCACCAAUGCGGUGCAGUCGUUUUUGGACCUUAGCCUUGGACUGGAGAACUUGUCCCACAAGAGGAAGAAGGGAGGGCCUAAGGUGGCCAGCCUGACCCUGCAGGAGUGUCUGGACGAGGAGUACGUCAAAUCAGACAAGUGCGAGUAUCGAUGCCACAACUGCAGCUCGAUGCAGCAGGCGAAACGAGCCACCAGCAUUAAGAGGCUGCCCAAUGUGCUUGCCAUACAACUGAAGCGUUUUGAGUACAAGCAGGGCCGCCAUGAUCGUGCGCCCUCGAAGAUCGACACGAUCGUCAAUUUUCCCUUGCAGCUCAACAUGCUUCCAUAUACAACGAGAGGCAGAGGUGCGGACUCCAAGGAUGCGUUCGAGCUUGGAAGAUCCUGCACGUACGACCUUCUUAGUGUAGUGGUCCACGUCGGCGAAAUCGACACAGGUCACUAUGUCUCAUACUGCCGAGUUGGCGACCAGUGGUUCAAGUUCAACGACCACAAGGUUGAGAUGGCGUCCAAGUCGGAGGUGCUGAGCGCCCAGCCAUACCUACUCUUCUACAUCAUCCGCUCCCUUUCGUAGAGUAGCGCCGCAAAAAAGGGAAGACCGGGGGGUUAAUAUCUCACGUCAAGCCAUACCAGUUAACAUUACUCGUGAAGAGCGCCAGUAACCAACCGCCGGAAAUAUUUCAGAGGGGCGGAAAGGUUAUAGAGGAGUGCCAGGGAUAGCAUCGUCUUGGCGUUGGAAAGAAACGUUGGGCUUGCACCUACUUUAGGUAGGCCUUUUUGGUAAGUGAAAGAAUAAGAACGCCGCAUUGGAUGAUUGGAUGGUAGGCGGGCAGGCAGGUAGAUAUGCACCCACGCAGUG